CCUUUUCUUUAGGCACUUUUUUUUCACACUAGCUUUCAGACAUUGUAUAACGUCCUGCAGCUUAAUUAUGUGAAAUUUGGAAAUAAACAGACAAGUGUAACUACCCACGGCUACUCUAGGAAGUACAUUACACACCACUUGUUACAAAAUUGUGUAUAUUUGUGUGUAUGUUUUGAUGGCUUGAAACAUGAUUUUUGAAGAAUAUGUGGCUGCUGGGAAAAGGUGUGUGUGCAUGUGUGUGUCUAAAGAAUAAAAGCAAGAUCUUUUGUUUGUAUAGGCUAUUUAGAGGUAUAUGUUUGUUGAAGGGCCAUGUAGUUUGAGUGUGUGUGUGUGUGUUUCUGUCUGUCUGUCUAAGGGAGAAAGGGAAGUAAUACAAAAGUGUGUAUGUAUUUGUGUGCACACUGGCAUGUGUGAAUGAGAGAAAAAGGAAGAAAGAAGGGCACAGAGGGAAAGAGAAAGAAAGAAAAAAAAAGAAUGUGUGUGUGUGUGUGUGUGUGUGUGUGCGUGAGAGAGAAAGAAAGAGAGGCCGGCACAGUCAGUUCUGAUAACAGCAACAGUGGGAGGAGGAGGAUGAGCAGAGGCACCACCCCUUUCUCUCCCUCAGCUAUAAAUAAGAGGUGGGUUUUUUGCUCCACACUUCACUUGAAGGAUGAGAGCUUUGAAACACCUUAAACAUCACUCCAGGAGCAAUGUGGAGGAGCAGGCAGUUCCUCUGGUGCGCUGCUACAGUGAAGUGAUGGGAAAUGUGGUGGACACCGGCACACAGACUGAUCCAGUGGUGGUCCUGUCCCUGGCUCAAGCUGCUGUGCUGGGCCUCAUAUCUCAGAAUGAAAUCUUUGGCACCACCAUCGCCCCUAAUGGCUUUUACACUGGAGAGGCACGUGACUGCCCCCCUCCACCUCCAGAGGCAAUGGAGUAUGAGUAUUCAGACCAGUUGAUUGGCGCAAAUGGAGACUACCUACCUGAGCCCAAUGGAGAAAACAGGAGGCCACAUGGACUUUUGGGGGUGGAGAAAAAGCGUUCAGGACCUCGGGGAAAGGCCAAGAGGCACCAAAGUGAAAACGAUGAGGCAGUAGAAAUGGCUAAGAAAUCCACAGAUGUACAGACUUGGGUGAAAGGAGAGCGGCCUGAAUAUUCAAGCCCCUGUUACUACUCAAAUGUUCAUUGCAAUGACAGUGAGUCUGAAGUGUUGGACCUUGCCCCCCACAGACUGACGUUAAAGGAGGAGCAAAAUAAAGGCAGCCCUGAGCAUGCAAAGGAGUCAAACAACCAGCAGAGUGAUCCAGACUCAGACACAACUUCACAGGAUGCUAAUCACACACAGGAAAUAGAAGCAGCCAGCCAGCCUGAGGGAGGAGGCACCAAAGAAGAGGGGCCAGAUGAGCAAAGAGCACUGAAUCUUAAGACUCCUGACGAGGAAGUGAGUCCUGCAAUGAGAGGCUACUAUGAAUCUAGUGUUUUGACCUACGAAGCUGCUGAGCCAGAUCUGACACCAGCAGAGUAUGAUGAUGGUGGGCAGGUGGCGACAUGGGCAGAUGGUGAGAAUCCUGCAGCCCGCCGUGUGCAGAUUGACCGUCUGGACGUCAAUGUGCAAAUCGACGAGUCAUACUGUGUGGAUGUGGGUGAAGGCCUGAAGCGCUGGAAGUGCCGGAUGUGUGAGAAGUCAUACACAUCAAAGUACAAUUUGGUGACACACAUCCUGGGUCACAGUGGGGUCAAGCCACAUGAGUGCUUGCACUGUGGAAAACUGUUCAAGCAACCAAGCCACCUGCAGACACAUCUGCUUACACACCAAGGCACAAGGCCACAUAAGUGUACUGUGUGCAAGAAGGCCUUCACACAGACCAGCCACCUCAAGCGCCAUAUGCUGCAGCAUAGUGACAUCAAACCAUACAGCUGCCGCUUCUGCGGACGUGGGUUCGCCUACCCCAGCGAGUUGCGCACACAUGAGGCCAAGCACGAGAAUGGGCGGUGUCAUAUUUGCACACAAUGCACCAUGGAAUUCCCCACCUAUGCCCACCUCAGGCGGCACCAGGUCAGUCACCAGGGGCCUGCCGCCUUUCAGUGUAGUGAGUGCCACAAGAGCUUUGCCUACCGGAGCCAGCUGCAGAACCACCUAAUGAAGCACCAGAACACGCGGCCCCACAUUUGUUCUGAGUGUGGCUUAGAGUUUGUGCAAGUUCACCACCUGAAGCAGCACCUGCUCACACACAAGGUACUAGCACAGCAGGCCCUCAAACACAAGGGGAUGAAAGAGUACAAAUGUGACGUGUGUUCUCGUGAGUUCACCCUGUCAGCCAAUCUGAAGCGGCACAUGCUGAUCCAUACAAGUAUGCGACCUUUCCAGUGCCACAUCUGCUUUAAGACCUUCGUCCAGAAACAGACCCUCAAAACCCACAUGAUUGUCCACCUUCCCGUCAAACCCUUCAAAUGCAAGGUGUGUGGGAAGUCAUUUAAUAGAAUGUACAACCUACUUGGCCACAUGCACCUUCAUGCGGGUAGCAAGCCCUUCAAGUGCCCCUACUGCAGCAGCAAGUUCAACCUAAAGGGAAAUCUUAGCAGGCAUAUGAAGGUGAAGCAUGGCAUUCUAGAUGUCUUGCCAGAUGGGCAAGAUAGCCACCCUGAUAUGGAGGGCCAGGAGGACUUUGAGGAAGACAGCUUUGACUACAGUGAAAGAGAAAAUCUGGCUAGCAACAACACACAAGACCUGGCCAAACUUUCUGAGAUGGGCUAUUACAACUAUACGAAGGCUACUGCUUACUACGCCACAGCAUAAUGCACUGUGAGACACUCAAACUCACCAAUGGCCUGUUUUUGUAAGCCUCAAGGUUUUAACAUGGACUAAUGAUGAAAUGGCUGCCUGGUGGUUGUGCACUGGUAUUUUGAUUAAUCUAUAAGAGGAAAUCACUUAUAUGCCUCCAAAUCAUUAGAGCUUGUUAGGUUCCAUUUAAAAGCAAGUGUAAUGCUAUAUUUAGGUGUCACACAGUGGGUAAUAGGCUGAGGACAUCAGCUGUAUAUUCCUUGUGGAUAAUGAUCUAACACGAUACUCCACUUCAGAAAGAAUCUUUCAAAAAUAACAUUUCUGAGACUAAUUCAAAAUUGUCGUGCAGCAGUCUAUACAGAGGCACUUAAGAGACAACCCUCAACCCUCUGGAAAUAUCCCUGACAUGUAAUGUUAAACCAUCAAAGCUUAUACAAAAACAUUAAAGAUAAGGUAGAAUAAUAAAUUGGAUUUAACAUAACAUAAUAAAGUGAUGAACAAAAUGGUUUAGGAAAAUCUUUACCAUCAUAAAAAUGGUAGGAUCUGGUUAACUAGCUUGUUCACUUCUAGUAAAUCAUUUGUCACAUGUAAACCCAAAUGGGAUUUUAAGAGGAGGCUUGAUGUCCACCUAAUUAUUUAACAACAGCCAAACCUGUCAAAAUAAACUAGAAUUAUCAAUACUAUUUUGUUCAGUAUUAUCAUUAGCUAAAUUAGCUAGCCAUUUUAGCAUAUAGAUUACGUGUCUAAAAGUUUCUAGGUACUGGUACCACAUCAUUCUUAAAUAUUGGAUGUGAUGAGUCCAAAGAAAUGGGGCGUAUUUAGUGGCAUUGCUAACUGAUACACAAUGCUCCAUGGUUCAGAUUUUUAGGGAAUUUCUGAUUUCUGAACAUAUGUGGUGUUGAAAAAAAUUCUCAAUUUAUAUAAACAGAAUCAGGAGAAAGAUGAGUUACUUAAAAAUGUUUUCAGGGUAGGGGUGUGCGAUAUGACAAAAAUGUCACAUCACGAUUAUGUCUACAAUACACAAUAUGCAUCACGAUGUGGGUUUGCUCACAAACUGCCAGCAAUACAGUAGUGUUGCAUUAAAAAUGGUCAUAAUUUUUUUUAUUUAUUUUAUUAAUUUUUGUAUUAUUUCAUUUUUUUGUUUUCAUUUUAAUAAUAUUUAACACUCAAAUAGAAACCAUUUAAAACUCUAUAGCACUCCCAAGUGGUGCAAUAGAAGCGUGUUUACCCUGUCAGCUGGAGAUUGAGAGUUCGAAUCCUGACGAUGCCACAGCCAUCCUUGGCCGGGAGAGCAAAACUGGCCAUGCUCAGAGAGGAAGGGGUGGCAUUCUCUCUCUCUCUCUCCCCUAUCAAUCACAGUGACACUAGCCAAACAGUUUUAACAGAUGUGGUCAGCUGGCUUCAUGUGCCUCGGAGCACAUGUGCCUUAGAGCAACUUUAAUGAACUUAACAUUUUACAAUUUUAAAGAUGAAGUACAAAAUUUUACACGCAUCAGCUGUAUUCAUCAGUUUGUAAUUAUUUAAAAAUAUAUAUUUUUAAAAGAUUUAUAAAAAAGAUCACAAUAUCACAGAAAAGUGUAUUGUGGCAUAAUUUAUCACAGUAUGGAUAUUAUAUUGUCAUUUCUCCCAAGGGAUUUACUGCCAUUGUAACUUAUUUACUAUAAAAACACAUUGGUAAUCUGUAGCUGAGUAGCAACCUGUCUUUCGUGUUAGGAGCUACUACCAAAAGCAGACAAGGUGCAAAAUCUUGUUUGUUUGGCUUCUAACUGUGUGGUACAACUUGAUUUAUGAUGUCAUAAAUGAAGAACAUAAAACUUUUGACGAGUCAGUUGACCAUAUGUGAGGAACACUUGACUGUAAACUGCCAUCCAGGUCCCAUUCCAGACACAGUUUAGUAUCAUACCUUUAUGGCAUAUUUGAGCCAUUUUUAUUUUGUGCAAUGUUAUUUUCGUGGGACGCUCAUCAACAUACUUUUCAUGUUCCAUAUUUGGAAAGCACUGUACAACUUUUAGUCUGGAAUUAUAUAUGGGGUGAAAAAAUGGUAGCUAAUCCCAGAUUACAUGGUUCUUACCGCAUUUGUUCAUCUGACCAUACAAGGGAACGUUAAGAGGCCCAGGAAAAACAUCAAACCAUUAUUCCUAAGGCUACCUUUGGUUUCUAGGGCUGAAUGUGAAGACCAUGCCCCAAAGAACUUUAUUAUAACUAUAUUAACUGUCCCUGUACAACACUGUGUGCCAUCCACCUUUCCCAUAUGAAGCUCUACAGUGAUAAAUUACAGUCUGCAGACGUGUGGCAGGACCAUAGAUGCAAGACAGAAUGAUUGUAAAGUUAAGCAGGAACAGAAUAAUUUUGCAGAAUAAUUUUCUCAUUUACACCCAUUGAACAGCCACCUGGACAAUGCUACAUGUUAAUACAGCACAAAAUAGUCCAGAAUGGACAUUUCUACUGUUUUAAAUGGUGUCCUUAAGGCUUGAGGUUUCCUGUCAUGCUAAGCAGGGCAAGUCUUGUUUAAGUUUUGUAUAAGCUUUGAUUUUGUUUGCACAUCAUUGUGAAUAUGCUGUUGAUAAAGUUCUAUGUUAAAUGUUGUGCUCUGGACAACACUGUAUAUUAAUAAAUUUACCUUUAAAACUG